GUGCAAUGAUGGGUCUGCAGGCGACGGCAGGAAAACGCAAAUUGGAGGGUGGUGUCGGCUGUAUGGAAUUCCACAUGGACUUAGGCGAGAGUCCGUCGAAGCUCGGACGCGUGGAUGGUAGCUGGUGGGCGAUGGACGACAGUUAUGGGCCGCCCCUGAACCAGACAUCAACGUCAUAUUACGAGAUGGAAGUGAGCUCGCCCUGCCUACAGGCGACGAACUCGUGCCAGCCCUCGACGACGAGUUCUCCGCAGUCGCAACAGCAACAGCAGCAGCAACAGCAGCAGCAGCAGCAACAGCAGCAGCAGCAGCAAUCCCCGCAACACCCGUCGCAACACCAUCCAUCUUCCCAAUCGCCGCAACAGGCGCAGCAACAGCAGCAGCAGUCACAACAACAGCAACAGCAGCAGCAACAACAACAAUCGCCGGCGUCAUCCUCGACAUCGGCCUCGUCCACAGUGACACAGUUGCAUCAUCACACGCAACAUUAUUAUCAUCAUCAACGCGCCACCGUUAGUCCUAUCGGCAGCAACGGUUACAGCCAGCUAUCGAGAUCUCAACCGCAAUGGGGCGCUCUUCAUCAUUACGAGCCACCGACGAUACGUCGAGAGGAAAACGGCAAGAGCUAUCUGGAGCUCGGUUCGAGUUACCGGGCGAACGAGCGGUGUUGCGAAGGUUCCAAGUCCAGCUGGUGUCGGCGCGGCCGGGCCUGUUACAGGCAGCGGCGGCUCGCCGUGCUUAACAUUUCAAUGUGCAAACUCGCCAGGUACCGCCAAUUCCCGGAUCCGAGCCUCCACCGAUCGGUACUGAUCUGCAAUACUUUGAGACACUUGGAACGCGAGAUGGAAAGGGACAGGAGUCCACCACCUAUGGAGCCGGUCGUGCCGGCGCCAAUCGCUCAACUGCAACCGCCCGAACAGGGUAGGUUAACACCUUUCCCUGUGCCCCCAACGUCGUCGGGCGAGACCGACGUCGAUUCUGGCAUCGGUGACAGCGACGACAGCCGAUCGAUCAAUUGGGGUAGUGUGCUAUCUUUAUCGAGUCAGUCGCCGCUCGACCCGCUCAACAACAACGAAUUACUGGAUGUGGACAUUGGGCCCGAUCUCGACCUGGAUUUUAUGCCCGGAUGGAAGCUGACGCCUCUUUCAGCGGACGACAUUCUGAGAAGUACAACGACGACCCAGGAACAGCAUCAUCACCAUCACCACCACCAUCAUCAUCAUCACCAUCAACAUCAUCAUCACCAACAGCAACAGCAGCAACAGCAACAGCAGCAACAGCAACACCUGAUGUCGUCGGGGAGCAGUUGCGGCAGCAGCUGCGGUAAUAGCAAUGUCAUUGGAAGCGCCGGCGUCAGCAACGUUGGUAGCAGCAGUAGUACGCACGAGUCGUUGAUGUGUGUAGGAUCAUAGCCCUCGACUUUGACGUCGUUGAGUCAUCUCAUCGAUUUCUAUCCGCUAACGCCGCAGGGCAAAUAAGUCCGCGCAAAUAACUAACGCAGCUCGCGAUCCGCAGUUUGUGGAUUUUGAAAAGGCGCGCGGGCGAGAGGCAGUGGUGGAAUAUGGGAUCUCUCGCCCACCCUCUGGAGCGCUCGACGUCCGGCCGGCGACUCUCGAGGAGCCGCCUUCACUUUCUGUUUCGCGUUAAUUUAUUAUCGCGUCAAUUACACGUGUACACACUAAUACAUGCAAAUGGACACGUACACCGAUACCGAUACAAAAAAACCUUCUGUGACACUUUUGUUCUUCCUCCGCUCUUUUUUCUACCACCGCUCCUACUCCAUCACUAUCGGCUACCAUUUACCGACCGUACCGUUACCAUUACUUCUCUAUUACCAUCCCUCCCGAAACUAUUUACCUCCUCUCUCCUGCCCCUCCCCCCUCCCCCACUAUCGUUAUUGUUACUUCUAUUACUAUCGCUACUAUUGUUAGUAAUAUUAUAUUACUACUCUUACUCUAAUACUAUUACUACUAUUACUAUUAUUACUAUCGCUAAUCAACGUGUCUCCCAACGUUCUGCUCCCCGAGGGACGGACGCGUCAUGACACGCGGCAUCCGCAGGUGCAGACAAAAUAGAGCGCUCUGAGGGCUUAACGAACGAGUUAAGAACGGGGAGAGAGAAGGGUGGAUAAGGGAAAGAAAGCCUUUACUGUCCGCGUGUCGACAGGUGCUGCUAUUCGCGAUGAUCUGGUGUCCUGACAAAUAUUCGGACGAUAACUUUCGUUUAUUAAGCUAUCGCGUACAUGAGACCCGCGUGUAUCGUCUCCGCCGUGGAAUUUCGAGACCAGGUGCAAGCGUAAUUUACACACGCCUCGAGAUAAUGUAUCUCAAGAUUUGAGAGGAAACUGCCGAUAAUGAUCAACUCUUCACACAAUGUGUAGUAAUGAUUCGAUAAAUGUGAUCCUAGGAAGAUUGAGACAAUGUUUCUGCGCUUGCAUUUGCAAGCUCGAGAAUCCACGUGCGAAUCCUCCUCGAAAGGUGAUUAAGAGGUACAAGAAGAUGUACAGAGAGAUUCGAGAGAACGGACAGGAGAGAUGUGUGAGAGAGAGAGAGAGAGAGAGAAAAUAUGAUAUUGACUACCGAGAGAAAAUAUGAUAUUGACUACCUCGAGACUGGGAAAACCAACGAAAACGUUGCGAUCGAAGUCUUCCGGCCUGGGCAGCCUUCUGCUCCCUCGCCGUCCUCGUUCGCAGCCUCAGAUCGUCCGAGGGAUUUUCUUCGUGGAAUGGCGCGCGAUGUCGAGGUCCGCGUCUCUGGGAGGAACAAUCGAUGAUAAUCACCGACGAUACGCUACUCGCGCAUAUAUAUAUAUAUAUAUACAUAUAUACACGGACACGCACCACAUGCAUUCAACAAUAUAUACACAACCAUACAGACGCACAUACAGACAAACAGACAGUAUACAUACGACUGCCGUGGCCUAGUCGUACGGUGCUACAGGGCGGCUGCAUCCUGGUGCUUCUAUCCUCUGGACACACGACACGCACGCACACAUACACACACAUACAUAUAUACAGAGAUACAUAGACACGGGCAUACAUUAAGCCGAAGACGUACCGAAUUCACACGGAUCGCUCGUAGCGUCCGUCUCUCGGGGUCGUCGUGACGCGGUGUCCUGCCGUCGUAAGCGUGAUACGAUGUAAGUCGGAGAUGUCGGCGUCUCGAAGUUGAGACACUUUCGGCACCACCGAUCCAGCGUAGAUUCUGCUUGUUCGAGUGUCACAUCUCGUGUGUCGGUAGAUUAUUAAUUAAAAAAGGCCUGAAUCUAGCUAUUAAAAAAUUAAUCGGAUCCUACAUAAUGCUCUUAAAAUGGAAAUACCUGGCAAUCAUUUUUGUCUGAUAUACAUUGACAUACGCUAUUACGGGACUUAACAUAAGCUGAAACGUUCAUCGCAUUAAAAAUAAAAUCGUAAUUUAUGAACGCGCAGCAAAUUAUUGAACAGGUUGAAUCGGGCUGGUGCAAUUGGGUCUCGAUUAAUUGUUUACAUGUUGCGAGGAAGUAAAAGAACAAUGAGUGAGAGAGGGUUUGAAACAUUUGCGUUGAAACUGCGGGAUGUGUUUGAGCUUAAAAUAUGCGGUUUAAUCAGUGAGCGUAUCCAUUUAAGAACAUUACGAGCAGAACAAAAGUUAUUUUCAUAUAGCGAUUUUACGAGAUCUCACAAAUAAUCUUUGUCUACCUUGGUUUUUACAUUAUAUCUCUAUAGGAUAUAAACGCGCGCGCGCGUGCGUGUGUAAAGUGUGGAUGAAGAUAUAUAUUUGUUAUUUUUAUUUUAAAGCGACACGUGUUUUUUAACGUGAACGCUCACUGAUUAAUAAUGGCAAUCUGCGCACUGAUUAUUUUUUCAACGAAUAGUAAUAUUUAUUUAGAAUUCUUUCAGAAUUUUUUUCAUCGCGACUCAGCGGGGAAAUAUAUGCCGUGAUUGUCUCAAUCACAAAGUCUAAUCGCAAGUUGAAAUGUGAAAAUUAAGCAUGCAAAGUAGUCCAUUAGGUUUUCAAAGUCCAUUAAGCUUCAACGCAACGGAUUAACCCUAAAAUGCAUGACGUGGGCCAGUAUAACUCGAUUUUAAAUGCGCGCGAACUCCGCAUUAAUUAUUUUAUUAGAAUGACCAUGAAACUUGCCAUGAAUAAAUAAAUACAAAAAUAUUAAAAAAUUAAAAAUGUCUUACAAAAAAAGGAAAGAAGGAGAGAAUAUGAGAACUUAUUAUAUACGCUAAAAAAUUGUCGUAUAAGUAGAAGAGAGAAACGGGGUAUAAAAUGAGUAUACUGAAAAUAAAAAAUGAAAUUUUUUAAGUCUAAUGAAAUUUACUGUAGUUAAUUAUAACGAGAUU